UCCCGGCGACCCGCUCCACGCGCAAGCGAGCCUCGCAGCUAGCGCAGCCACAGGUAGAGAGACAGAGAGACAGAGAGAGGGAGGGGACGACAGAAAAAGAGAGACAGAAAGAGAGAGAGGGCGAGAGGGCGAGAGGGCGGAGAGGCAUGACCAAAACUUGAGUCGGAGGGCAAGGAAUUUCUCGAGUCUCGACCAUUGAUUGCGCGCUGCACGCUAGGACACUAGCGACAAGCUGCACCACUAUGUCCGAUAGAGCGAAACCUCGAUACAUUCUGCCUGCCAACAAGAGCCUUGCUAGCACCUCUCCAAGCAAAAGUCUGGCCGCGACUCUAGAGGAGGUCUCUACGAGCAACAUCAAGAUGGUGAACGAACGCGACUUCGAACUCGGCUCGCCAACAGCAAAAGCCGUCUUAGAACACGUCUCGCCGCACUUCAAGACGUGGAUUUACAACGUCUCGAAGCCUACAGCAUUAACCUUCGAGGAGGGAUUGGAGGUAUUGCGUGGUGUCGCAAAGAAGUUCCCCAAAUAUCGUGAAGAGGUACUGGACUUGACGACCGAUAUAGACGAGAAGCGUGGUUGUGCCACCGUUGUUGUGCAUGUCAGAAUCAGCGGGCGAGAGCAGACGAGCGUUGAAGCAAUCAGAGAGGCGAAGUGGGAACGCGAUGAGCAUGGAAAGUGGUGGUUACAUAGUUUUAUUGGUAUUUGGGGAGUGUCUAUGGAUUGUUAGCAUGAAGCCAUCACCUGCUGCACAUAUGCCGUACCUGUCGUCAACGAUACUCUACUCUGAG